AUGUCUAGAGACGACAGCCCCCUGUUUCUCCCUUCUUCUCCCCUUCCCCAUCUAUCUAGGAGCCCUGAUGAUGAAGUCCCGAUCCUGGUCCAGAGAGCGCAAGGCGUUGAAGCUCUGAGCCCGGCAUUUGACAACUUCCUUGUCUCAUACAAUCACGCAUUUUUUGAUCUCGUCGAGCGCCAAAUCGAACUGAUCAAAUCACGUUCGCAGGCGUUCGAAGAUGGUCAUGUCAGUGUCUUCGACAAGGUGUUGUUGAUUCUCACACAGAAUGGAAACAAUCUGAACAACCCAGCGGCUAUCAGUUUCUAUUGCAAAGAGUAUCUGAACGUCGAUAUCGGCGCUUCUGCUCAGGAAGUGACAUCAAGGCUCCAGCAGACCGUGGAAGUUUCACAGGCGUUGCAGCAAGAACCGUCCUCGGAUAAGACCAAUAUGGUUCGGAGAGGAUCUGGAGCUGUAGGUCAAACGCCUGCCCGAUUAUUGCCCGUCAACCCAAACCUACGCAAGGACAUGGAACCCAGAUUGGCAGUGUUGUGGUCCGUAUAUGAAACUGCCCGAGCAGAGUAUCUCGCCGUACUCGAUAAGAACGACAAUGAAAUGGCAAUCAAGAGAGCCAAAUUCCUCCGUGACACGGCUGAAAACAUCCUCUUAUAUCUCGAGAACAGGAAUGCUGAUCCUCUGAUGGUCGCGGAGCUCGAAGGGACAUUUACCCAUGCCAAAAACACCGCUGUUUGCUUGACUGGUGGCAAGAAACGCAAAUUCGACAAAUCAGAAAUGGACCAAGUCAAGGGCACGCCGCGUGGACCAAGUCUGCCAUUCAGGAAGCUGAGAUCCCGUGGGGGUGGUGGAGUUGGCGAUGCAGCUGCUUACAAGCGUUCUUAUCGUCCAGAUACCUCAAGCGGCCAUACUGGUGAGAUGACAAGCUCUUGCGGAUGGGGCAGCUCUGAUCUCCCCAGUGGACACACCCAGCCAUACCGGGCAAGAUACCCUGACCCAUACCAGUACCAAGAGCACGACCCACAUCGUUCCGAGUAUGCUGGCGCACCGGCAAGAGACUACGAACGCGGUUAUGACAAUGACGAGGCAGGAUACAGCUUGGGUAUUGGCUCAUACAAUGCCGCCGUUUCCAACAGCUACCGGGAUCGCGGCGGGGUCAGCGGCGGCAGCGCAACUAGAAACCCGUCAGACGAACGCGCCUCCUCAGAGUAUUCGGAGUAUCUGGACACGAUUGAACGCGACCGGGAGCAACAGCAUGGAAAGAGGACUCGCUCCAAAUCAGCAUCUCGAAAGCGCGACCAACCCCGUCGAGAAGACCAAAUGCGAGACCAAAGCCGUCAUCGUCGCCGCUCAAGGUCGCCAGCAGAUGAUCGAGAAUACUACGACCACCGAGCAUACCCCCGCGACCGUAAGUACGACCACGAGCGCGACAGAGACCACCACCGCUAUCCCGGCGACAGGAUCGAGGACAGGGGCCACGGCCGCCUAGCCAGCACAAGCAUUGGCGGACGUCCCCCCAAGUUCCCUCCCUUGACCACCGGCCAUGGACAUGGGCACAGCUACGGCUCGGGUCUCUACGGCUACGACUAUGCCAACGCCAGGGCCAGGCUGGUUGAUUCGUACGUGCCUGCCCGAGAUCGCAGCCGUACUCGUAGCCGCAGCCCCAGCUACACUAACAGCCAGAGUCGAGGCCGUGGUCGACGUCGCUCUUAG